AUGUCCACCCCGUCCAAGAAACCGUUCACCCUGAUCGUCCCAGGCGGCAUGACGCCCGCCGCCGUCUACGACCCGGUCGUCGCCGAGGUGACAAGGCGGGGCCACGACAUCCGGGCCGUGCAGCUGCCCAGCGUGCGGCUGCGCUCGGAGACGGGCCCCGUCAGGGAGCCGCCCACCAUGUACGAGGACGCGGCGCUCAUCGCCCGGGAGGCCGAGGUCCUCGCCGACGAUGGCAGGGAUGUCAUCAUCAUCUCGCACUCGUACGGCGGCGUGCCCGCCACCGAGAGCGUGCGCGGCCUGUCCAAGGCGGCGAGGGCCAAGGAGGGUAAGCCUGGAGGCGUUGUGAGGCUUGCUUAUAUGACUUCGUUGGUGCCGGAGCUCGGGGCCGCGGCGAACGAGGUUCUUACGAAUCGGCCUCGAGCUGCGGGGACCAGUGUGGAGAUGGACAUGGAUGAACACGGCUGGAUCUUCAUCACGGACCCAGCCCAGGCCGCAAGCCUGAUAGCGGCCGAGAUACCGGUGGAAGAAGGCGAGCGCCUGGCCCGGGAGCUGUCGUACCACUCAUCAACCAGCUUCACAAGCCCCUUGACGUACGCGGGGUACAAGGACGUCGCGGUCUCCUACCUGCUCUGCGAGAAGGACAUUACGAUACCGCACGAGAGCCAGGCCGACAUGAUCGAGCUGGUCGAGCGGGAGAGCGGGAACAAGGUUGACGUGACGAGGAUCCAGGCUGGCCAUGCGCCGAACCUCACUGCGUUCAAAGAGGUUGUCGACUGGAUUGUGGGCAUGGCUGAGAAGGCUGUGGCCGACGGUGCUGGUGAUAGCUAG